UCCAGCCAACUUGGCACAACUGUGGGAAGCAUUGGAGUCAACAUGAGCCAGCAUCCCUGUGGAACGCUUUUGACACAUGGUACUUCAUGCCCCGGUGAAUUAAGGCUGUUCUUAGGGCAAAAGGGGUGCAACUCAAUAUUAGGAAGGUGUUCCUAAUAUUUUGUACACUCAGUGUAUAUAUUGUGGACUUUGUUAACUGGAAAUGUGCACAUGUGAAGGUGAAAUCAACACAAAAAAAUACUUUAUUAAUAUAACGGCACAUUAGUGAGUGAUACUCUGAAGAAGCACAGAGGCUGCUGCUCUCUCCCCAGUGACUGUUGGACAUUCAAGCCAUGAGUGCCAGUUUGGAAAUUAUCGAACAGUUACAUUAUACAGUCAGUGGGACUGUCAGAUUGCCAUUGAUGAUUCAGAUUUUCACUGAACCCGGAUACACCCUGUUCACCAUUACAUAAGUGUUGGUUGGGAGGCAGGGUGGUGUGAUUAGGUACCCUGGGGGCAGAUCAAUCAGCAGCCCCACUCUGGGACUCACAUCCACUGCAUGUGAUCUGUGUGACAACAGCAUCUCCAGCCAACAAUAGUAGACAGGUACAGGCAGAGUGAAACUGGGAAACACUUGAUGUUGCCUUGCCAAGGACCUCAGUCCUUGGUCCAUUUUUGGUUCCAUCGUUGCAUACAAACUGAUGAUGUCAGGGAAGAGAGGGAAUGGGCCAUGGCAGGUUUCAGUGAGCAAAAGGGACAGGGCGAGAGGAGGGAGAGCCAUAGACCGGCAAGGAAUCAAGGGGUAGAGAAAUUAUACUGAUACGGGUGUCCCUCAAUGCAGUUAACACGAAAGUGCUAAAACUAAAAUGGCCUUAGAGGAAGGGAGUUUUAUUCAGGUUUGUACAAUGUGUGUUUUCCGUGUGUGUUAAAACUAAAGAGAGAUAGUGGUGAAGCUUGAGGCAGUAGGCUAUAUGUUCACAAUCCAUAUCAUGAGAAAAGAAGUGUCAAUUUUGAAGUAAUCUUUGACAUUCAAACUCAACUUAGCCUAUGACCUUAUAGCUGCAGACAUGUUGUCCUCUAUAGGCUGUUGUCCUCUAAAAAGUAUGAUAUAUUAUUAUGAAGCUGCCCUUAUUAUGUCUAUAUCCAUCAAUCAAACCAUAUAGUCAAAUACAAUUCUGCAAUCAGAACAAUGCAAAUCUGAAUGUAUAUGUUAAACAACUAUGCUGAACGAAACUAGGUUGUCUGUGAAUUGUAAAUACCAUGAUUUUUACAAUAAGCCUACUGCUUGGAGGAAUUUGACUGUUUGUGUUUGUGGUGGGUGGGUGGCCUCAUAUUUCAAACCCUCGUGACAGAUGUCGUAGGCCUAUGGGUGUGGUUUACCUUCUACCUUGUUGCCAUCCAUCCAUAACGUACGUGCAAAUGCUGACUUGUGGUGAAUUCACCUGCGGAGCCUCUUCUGCAUUCUUCAAGCUCUAUGAAUGAUACCUAUUGAACACAAUGCUAACCAAAGCUAAGAAUUCAUAUAAUUAUUUUGAUUCAACUCCAUGGGACGGUAGGAAAGAAUAUGGGCAAUUUUGUUUUUCCUUUUCCUACCAAUGGAUAAAUGAGGCGUCAUGAUUUUCUUAAAUCUUGGGAUGUUGACUAGCCUAUGAACAACUUAUGCAGCUUGCUCGAUUAUUGUACUUUGCUGGUGUUAAUUUUCUAAUUCAAUGUUUAAUAUUAGUUUAUUAUGUAUUCGACUUCUUAGAAGACGCUACUGUAAACCUAGUCUACAGCCAUCACUAAAGAAGCAGAAAAGCAUAAGAGGAUCGAAUAGUCAAAAUGAUGGAUCUUCUAUAACAUUUUCUUUCCUCUACUGACGCUCACGUCUUCUCCACGCCUGAGCCUACAGUACAUUUUGUAAGUUACUCCUGACCUUAGUCUUGUUAUAAAAUGAACAACAGUAUGCUAAUGUAAUCGGUUGUAAUGGAAACCUUAUUUUAGCUAAUAAUGUAGGUCUACAUUUUGUCUUUAGGAUAUUAUUCCAAAUGUAUUCAUUAUAACCUCUAAGUUGUAUGUGACUGUUGAUCUUUUGGGGGGGGGUUCAUGAUGGCAAACAUACAUUCACAAUAGCAAAAUGUAGACAAAACUAUGUGGGUUAAUAACCUUGAAAUUAGUAUUACAUGGAAGUUGUUAUAUCUCUGGAACUGGAUGUUUGUUAGUUUAUUUUCACCAACUUUGAGAGGAAUAGGAAACAAGGUAUACCUUCAGCUUUCCUAAUCAAUGUUGUGUUGAAAGGUACAUGAUGUAAAUAUCUUGGGCUGUGUGAUGCUCUGAGUCCUUGGCCAAGCACAGAUAACAAGCCUCUCUGGAGCAUCACCUAGGACACUGACCCUCAGAGACCUGCAGUUGCCUCUAGUUCUGACUGGCUGUAUCCCCUUAUUGGUCUCACAUUAAUAAAACAAAGUACCUCAUUUUGAUAACUACUUAUGCUCUUCAUUUAACCCGUUUAUAUGCUCAUGUUUUUUUUGCCAGUGAGUUGCUAACCCCCCCUCCUCUAUUUCUCGCUCUCUCUCUCUCUCUUCAUUCUUUCUAUUCAUGUCCUACUGCAUGCAGCAGCCAAUGGCCCGAUGCCGAUGCAAUGGAACGAUCUUGUGCCUCUGCCUCAUGCCCUGUGUGAUGAUGGGACAUCUCCUGGUUUAUAUCAUGGUGUCCAUAUUUGUAUCCAUAUCCUACUCCCCUCCCCACCUACCUGUCCACUUUGUUGCCCCAGGGGUCUCUGCCAACUCUGGGGCACUGGCCUCCCAUCCCCUGGGCCCCUUCUGGAACCUUCGCCUGGAGGACAGUGCUUUGUGGAACCAGCUUCAGCAUCUCUGGGACCGGCGCCAUAACCCCAUUUUGAGGGGCAACUCAACUGCAGGUAUGAUCACAAGGAUUAGCACUCAGCCACCAGAGAUGGAGGUCUCCUCAGACUGUGGCCCAGACAAGUGCUGGCUGCCUCACCUACCUGACUUCAAUACCCUGCCAGAGCAGAUGAGGGCAUUCGUCCAGUCCAUGCAUUGCAGGGUGUACCCCUUCCUCAUGAACCAGCCCAGAGUGUGUGCUGGCAAUGAAAGCACUGGGCCGGAGCUACCUAUGCUGCUAAUGGCCAUCAAAUCCCAGGUGGGUAACUUUGAAAACAGGCAGGCUAUCCGGGAAACAUGGGGGAGAAGUGGCUGGGUGAAGGGGGAGCUCGGGGGGAGAGGUGGGCUGGUGCGCACAGUCUUUCUGCUGGGUAGACAGGACUCGACAACGGGCCCUCACCCAGACCUUGGGGGCCUCCUGAUGCUGGAGAGCCAGCAGUAUGGGGACAUCCUGCAGUGGGACUUCAGGGACACUUUCUUUAACCUGACCCUGAAAGAUCUGCUUUUCUGGCAUUGGCUUCAGAACCACUGUCCAGGGGCACAGUUUGUCUUCAAGGGUGAUGAUGAUGUUUUUGUUAGGACAAGUUCUCUCCUGGACUACCUGCAUAAACAGAGGGAGGAGAACGGCAUGUGGAGCGCAGAUAGGAACAAAACUGAGAAGAUAAAGGAUUUAUUUGUGGGGGAUGUAAUUCAGAAUGCAAUGCCAAACCGACAGCCAACCACCAAAUACUAUAUCUCAGAGAGUUUUUACAAAGGUGCAUACCCACCAUAUGCUGGUGGAGGAGGGGUGGUGUACUCUGGUGCACUUGCUAUGCGUCUGAGACAAGUGUCAGAGAGGGUGCAUCUGUUCCCCAUCGAUGAUGUGUAUCUGGGCAUGUGCCUCCACAGACUUGGGGUGGCCCCCAUCCAUCACCCUGGAUUUUAUACCUUUGAUCUCCCAGAAACAGAGAGGGAGAAGCCUUGUUCUUACAGCUCUGUGCUACUGGUUCAUAAGCGAAACCCUAAAGAGAUGCUCACACUAUGGAGGCGGCUGCAGAGUCCACCCUCACCAUGCUGAAGAAACUAGACCACCAGACCACGGUCAUUAGGCUGUGGUGUAAAGUACUUAAGUACAAAUACUUUAAAGUACUACUUAAGUCGU